AUGGGUGCCCUCAAGUAUGUCGAGGAACUUCACAAGAAGAAGCAGUCCGAUGUGAUGCGAUUCCUCCUCCGAGUGCGCUGCUGGGAGCUCCGACAACUCAAUGUCAUCCACCGCGCAACUCGUCCCUCGCGCCCCGACAAGGCUCGCCGUCUCGGGUACAAAGCCAAGCAGGGCUAUGUCAUCUACCGCGUUCGUGUUCGUCGUGGUGGCCGCAAGCGACCUGCUCCCAAGGGUGCUACCUAUGGCAAGCCUACCAAUCAAGGUAUCAACCAGCUGAAGUACCAGCGAUCCCUCAAGUCCACCGCCGAGGAGCGUGUCGGCCGCCGCUGCGCCAACCUCCGCGUCCUCAACUCGUACUGGAUCAACCAGGACUCCACCUACAAGUACUUCGAGGUCAUCCUCGUUGACCCCCAGCACAAGGCUAUCCGCAAGGAUCCCCGCAUCAACUGGAUCGUCAACCCAGUUCACAAGCACCGCGAGUCCCGUGGUCUUACCGCCACUGGCAAGAAGUCGAGAGGUCUCAACAAGGGACACGGCUACAACAAGACCUCUGCCGGUCGCAGGAAGACCUGGAAGAGACACAACACCCUGUCCCUCUGGCGUUACCGCUAG